ACUAGGGAAACUCAACACCUCGUGGUUCUUAAUUUAAAGAUUUAUAUUAAUUUAAUAUAAUAUUAGGGGGCCAAAUCCCCGUUAAGAGAGCCUUAAUCUCCGUUUAAGACAGUGUAUUUAGUGACAGCACACUGAAUUACAAAGAAGUUGAGCAUCUCAGUCUAGUUUUGGUUUUUUUGUACUAUGGGGUGUGUCGGUUUCAGCUACGAUGUGUUCAUUAGUUUUAGAGGCGAAGAUACUAGGGACAAUUUUGUAGGGCAUCUCCGUAAAGAGUUGGGUAGGAGGGGAAUACUCACUUUCCAUGAUGACAGGGACAUGGGGAUAGGGGAAAGUCUUUCACCUGCUCUCAACAACACCAUGGAAGAAUCUAGGAUUUUCAUUGUUGUGUUUUCUGAGAACUAUGCAUCUUCCACAUGGUGUCUCGAUGAACUUGUCAGGAUCAUCCAGCUCUCCAAGAAGAGGGAGAAGAAGCAAGUUGUUUUCCCAGUGUUCUACCAUGUACAUCCAUCAGAUAUACUGCAAGACAGAAAUGUAAGAAAUUGAGCUGGGAGGUAUAAUACCAAAUUGUAAUAUCUGGGAAAUAUACUCUUCAUUAUAUAAACUAAAUUUUCUGGACAACCUAUCCAGAACAUACAAAUACAAACCCAACACUUUAAUCUCUCAAACUCACAACAUACAACUCACAACAGACAACCCAUUUUCACUCUUUCUCUCACACAAUACACAAACAUGGAGACUCUCUCCUUUCUCACUGCCCAUUCUCCACGGUGCACACACUAAAAGUGUGUCACACGACCACACCUUCCUCUGUAUUUUCUUUCUUCUCGGUGGUGGGUAUUUUACAACCACUUCUUCAAUCACUUUUAUAAGUGAGUUGCACACAA